AUGAAAACAUCAAAGGAUAGUAGUAAUAGCAAUUCAAAUAAUAAUAAUAAUAAUAAUAAUAAUAAUAAUAAUAAUAAUAAUAAUAAUAAUGGUUUAAAUGGAACAUACUCAUCAAAAUCAUUAUCACCACCAACAUCACCAAAACAAAUGAGUGGAAAUAGUAUAAUAAGUAAUAGUACUGGCAAUUUAAGUAGUGGCAGUGGUAGUGGUAGUAGUAGUGGUGGAAAUAAAAAAUUUAUAAAUAGAUCAUUCAAUACAUUUAUUGAUUUUAUAAAGAAACCAGCAAGAAGGAAUUCAAAAGCACAUAAUACACCUCCACCUUAUCCUGAAGUUGAUACUGGUUUUGGAUAUUUUUUAGAAUUAGAUAGUAAACCACCAAAACCAUUUGAUGAAAAGGAUGAUCCCAUACAUAAUAGUACUGGUUCAACUGAUAGCUGGGAAGGUGAUUUAAAUUCAAGUGGUGGUGGUGGUAAACAACCCCAACAAACACAACAACAAUCAAGUGGUGAAAAUUUAAAUAAUUCUUCAGAUAGAAAUAACAACAGUAAUGAAAAUAAUCAAAUAGUGGACGAUAAUAGUAAUGUAUUUAAUAAAGGAGUGGUUGUACAAACAGUUCCAAUGACAGAGAUUGGCUUGUUUCCAGUAUCUUUAAUGAUGGCACAACAAAGGGCUGAACAUCCAAUUAAUGUUGAAGAUAUUGAAUCGGAUGUCCAAACUUGUUCAAUACCAAAUAGUAAACCAUUAUAUAGUUCAUUAGGUUGUUCAACAAACUCUUCAAAUUCUGGUUCUUCAAUUUCCGCUCCAAAUAUUACUUUCCAAUCUUUUGGAAUUUCCCCUGUAAAUAACAACAACAAUAAUAAUAAUAAUAGUAAUAAUAAUAGUAAUAGUAAUAGUAAUAGUAAUAGUAAUAGUAAUAAUAAUAAUAAUAAUAAUAAUAAUAAUAAUAAUAAUAAUAAUAAUAAUAAUAAUAAUAAUAAUAAUAAUAAUAGUACUGUAAAUAGUAAUAAUAGUAGUUUAAAUAAUAGCCCAAGAUAUCUUAAUUCUUCUUCAUCUCCGAGAUCUAUGCAACAUCUAUCUUCUAAAAUUACAACUACUACCACCACAACAACUACUACUACCACCACAACUUCUGAUGAUAAUAAUGGUAAUACUAAUAAUAAUAUAAGUAAUAAUAAUAAUAUCAUUAAUAAUAGCAAUAAUAAUAGUAAUAGUAAUAAUAAUAACAAUAAUAAUAUUAAUAAUACAAAUCAUAAAUUUAAAACAAUGGAAAAAUAUUUUUCAUCAAAAGAAAAUUUCCCAAUACCAUUUCCAAAGUUAAAAGAUGAAUUAGGUGUAAUAAUUGAAAAUUCAAGUAAUAAAGGAUAUGUUGGAGGAAAUAAAGGUAGUGAAGAUAGAAGAAAAAAGAUUGAACAAAAAAAGAAACAAGUACCAGCACCAGAAAUGAAAGCAACCAAAGAGAAAUUUAUAGAAACCAUUACUGAUCCAACCACUUUAAAUUCAUUUAGAUCAUUCAUGGAGAAUACACAAAGUAAUGAAAAUUUAGAAUUCUUUUUAGAGGUUAAACGAUUUAAUACAAUACAAGAUCAAGUCUUAUUAAAACAUACUUGUGAUGACAUUUGGAGAAGAUUCUUUGAUGAUCUUGCAGUUACACAAUUAUGUGUUGAAUCAUCACUUAAAAAAUUAAUUAAUAAUCGUAGAGAGAAUCCAACUCAUUCAAUGUUUAAUGAGGUUUUAGAUCUUUUAUUAGAUGAUAUUGUUUGUGAUGCUUUUAGAAAUUAUAUAUCAUCACCUUUUAAUCCAGAAUGGAAAAGUGAAUUUAAAAAGAAAUUUACAAAUAAUACAUAUAGUACAACAACUCAACCAAUUAAUAAUUUUAAUAAUACUAAUAAUAAUAAUAAUAAUAAUUGUUCUACUCCUCCCAAUAAUUAUAGUAGUAGUCCAAUAAAACAAAGUAAUAUAAAUAACAAUAAUAAUAAUGCUAGCAGUAGUAAUAUUGCAAGCAGUAGUAAUGUAAAUAAUAAUAAUAAUAAUAGUAAUGGUAGUAACACUAGUAGUUCACAUCAUAGAGAAAGAUUAGAUAAUAUAAAAGGAAAUAGAGAAAGAGUAGAUAGUAAUGGUAAAGAAAGAUCAAUUGAUAAUAAAGAUAUUUUAUCAUUAUUAGAAAGUAAUUUAAGUAACCAUAGUAAUAGUAGUUCAAAUAGUAAUGGAAAAGAUAAAGAUAAAGACAAAGAUAAAAAUGAAAACACUACUGACAAUUCAAAUAAUAAUAAUAAUUCAAAUAAUAAUUUAAAUAAUUUAAUUAUAAAAAAUAAUUUUAAUAAUAUUCUUCAAUCACCACAAAUUGUAUCAAAAAUUAAUGAAAUUUUUAAAGAUUCAAAUAAUUCACAAUUAUCAAUUUCAAUAACAUUAGAUAAUGAUGAAGAUCCAACAAUAUUUCAUUUGGAUGAAAGUGAUAUGGAAAGUUUAAUUGAGGAGGUUGUAAAGGAUAAUAUAUCAGUUCAUACAGAGAUUAGUUAUAGUGAUGUUUCAAUUCAUAAAUGGAUUGCUUCGGGUUCAUCUGGUAGAGUUUAUAAUGGACAAUAUAAAGGUAAGGAUGUUGCAAUCAAAGUACUUGGUCCUGAAGUUUGUGUACAUUUCGAUUUGAAUGAAUUCAAGAGAGAAGUUGCUUUAAUGUCAAUUUUUAAACAUGAUAAUUUAGCAAGGUGUUUGGGUGCUGGUCAAUAUGAUGACAAAUAUUUUCAUUUGACAGAGUAUUGUCACAAUGGUUCUUUGUUUAGUUAUUUAAGGGAUCAGCGUAAUAAUAUUAGUUUUGGUCAAAGAUUACAUUUUGCAUUGGGUAUUGCAAGAGGAAUGCGUUAUCUUCAUUCAAUGUCAAUCAUUCAUAGGGAUUUGAAAUCAAUGAAUAUCCUAUUGACAAAGAGAUUAAAAAUAAAGAUUGUAGAUUUUGGUACCUCUAGAGUAGCAAAUAAAUAUAAUAUGACAACCCAUGUUGGCACCCAAGCUUGGAUGGCUCCUGAGAUUUUCACUUCAAGAACCUAUACGAAUAAAGUUGACGUUUAUUCAUAUGCAAUCAUUUUAUUUGAAAUUUUCACUAGAAAAUCUGCAUACGAUGAAAAUGCAAAUAUUAACAUUCCAAAUAUGGUGAUGAAAGGUGAAAGACCAGAACUUCCAAAAGAUAUGCAAACUUCAAUUUCAAAUAUAAUUAAAAAAUGUUGGCAACAAAAACCUUCAAAUAGACCUUCAUUCAUUAAAAUAGUUGCAUAUUUAGAAAGUAUAAUUUAUCCAUCAGUUUCAAAUAGUUUAGGUUUAGUUGCCUCAACUUCUUUCUCUUCUUCUGCACUUUGGUCUGGUCAAAUUUUAGCACAGCCAAAAAAUUAA